UGAACUUUGAAUGAUAUUGUUCUUAAAACCGUGCAUCAAAAGUGUCCAUCUGAGGAUUUAUUAUGUACAAUUGUACUUGUUGAUGUCUAAAACGGAUGGAAAACUGGAAUUUUGGACUUGAAAACAGCAACGUCGGCACAACUAGAUCAACGUGAACAUAUCGGUCGUUCCUGAAAUGACAAAUCUUCAUUGAAGCGAAGCAUUCGCUUGUACACGAAGGUGGUUUCCGUUCGACGAAAAUGAGCGACAGACGCAGCAGACGAUGUUAAAGUGCCACUGAAGUACAUGGGAACGAGCGAAGCGUGUACAUUGAAACUUUAAACUGUUCUAAUUGAGGAUUAUCUACGCUAAUUCGCGAAUGGCUUCUGCAAGGAAUAUCAGAGGACGAAAGGGAUCGAGCUCGACUCAGAAACCCGAAGUUGGUAGGACAACAUCGCUCACGGAUACCUCGUUGUUUGGUCUGCUCAGCGUUAUAAAUCUAGACGACAUUUGUCAGAAAACGUUUCCUAUCGACGUUGUUUUACCGGAUGGAGCGAAACGGGAGUUAAAAGUGAACAGAUUUUCUCACGUGAAAGAUGUCAUCCACGAUAUCUGCAAGGAAUACAAACUUGAUCAUCCCAGAGUGAGAUUCAGCUCGACGAAUUCUCCUGUGGCUCUCGACGCCAACGCAGCAUUGCUAGAAAACCACGAGAUCAUAGUCGACGAAGCACGUAAAGAAUCCAAAGACGUAAAGCCAGAGGAUCCACGUCUUACCCAUUUGAAAAAUAUCAUCAACGGCGAGGAGAAAUACCUGGAGUCUUUAAGGGUCACUGUUGAGGUGUAUGGGGAAGUGUUGAGGAAGAGUUCUCUGAAUCAUCUGGAUCAUGAGAUUAUCUUUGGAAGAUUAAAACCAAUACAAGAGGCCACGACAGCAAUGUUGAUCAAACUGAAAGACGUUCGUGAUGGAUGGAGUUCGUCUUCAUGCAUUGCCACGGCGUUUGGAGAUUUGCCUGAUCUUCUGUGGACAUAUGACAACUAUUUUUCACGUCUCACUUCUUCAAAAAGGAUAUUGAGACAGAAAUGUAAAUAUGACAGCGAGUUCCUAGCGAUGGUGAACGAAAUAAAGACCACAGCCAAAGAUUCGCUUGGUCUCCUCGUAUUGCUUCCGGCCCGACGCGUUUCUCAAUACAACAAUUGCCUGAACGAAGCUCUCGAGCGUACGCCGGACGAUCACGAGGAUCGCCGAAGACUGAAAGUUCUCAUCGAGAAGAUUCAGCAGACUAUUUCCGACAGAAAAGAGGAUAUCGAUGAAGUGGAAAACGAGUUUAGACUUAUCGAAAUACAAGAUAAAUUUCCUCAGGAUGACCUGGGCUUGGACGAAGAGAAAGGACUGUCUAGUCAGAAAUUACGAAAUUUAUUGAACGCAAGACGCAGAUCUGCUCCGGCCACCGCCAUUAAAGCUGCUUUUGGGAAGACAAGCAAGACGAGCCUCCCUUCGAUUGAUAUAUCCCUCACGAUCCAUUCUGAACCUACUUCACCUGACUCGCCUCAACCUAGCAGUAUUUUCAUCCAUGAAGGCAUUGUGCAGUUAACAGCGGCGGGUCUCUCUCAUGACAGAUACAUAUUUCUUUUCAAUGAUUUCCUCCUCGUAGCGAAAUCCAAAUCAUCGUCGUAUUACAAGUUGAAAGAACGAGUCAAAUUAAGUGAAAUGUGGGUCGCUGGUUGCAUUGAUGAUGUUGCGGAAAAUGUGAAAUCUCCCGAGAAAUCCUUUGUUCUUGGCUGGCCGACUGAGAACUUCGUUGCCACUUUUAGUUCUGUUGAAGAAAAAGAGAAAUGGUACGAGGCAUUAUCAAGCAACAUUGCGUCGCAAAAGGAUUUAGAGGAGCCCAAAGUGGCGCCCAUCAAAAUCCAGCUGAAAGAUAACGAAUCUGUUGUACCAAGCCUGACAAAGAGUGUUUCAGUUGGUCAGUUGGACAACGCAAACAAGGUCGUACAGAUGGCACUGGAUCUUUUUAACAUUUUGAAUAAGGAAAACGUCAAUGACUAUCAGUUAUGGGUCAUGUACAAGGAUGGAGCAUAUCCACUGAUAGGUCACGAGUUUCCAUUUGCUAUACACAUGAAUCAACAUCGUGAGAUGUCAAUACUUGAUGACAGCGACUUUAUUGCACCCACACCUGAGCCCCUCACACCACCCCCCUCUAUCGAAAUUACACCUGAAAAUCAACUUCAGUUCAUUUUGAAAAAGGGACGAAAAAUGCACAACAAAGUUGGGCUGAAUCGACUAGUCAAAAUGAGAAAAAAUAAGAAAUUGAGCAAAAAGAUGUCCGGAAGCAAGUUACCUUCUUAUGAUAUGAUGAUGGCCCCAGGAAAAGUGUUUGGGCAACCUCUGGAACAAUUGACAAGUAAAGAAGAGCUAGUCCCCAAGCCUAUCAAUGACCUCCUUGUUCGGCUGUUUCGCUACGGACCGUCAACCUCCGGUGUUUUCCGAAAGACACCGAAUCAUCGCGAGGUCAAAGAGUUGAGAGAAGAAAUCGAUGAUGGAAAAGAAGUCUCAUUUGACGAUAUUUCAAUCCAUGUUGUCGCAGGCUUAGUGAAGGACUUCCUUAGAAACCUUCCCGAUGCUUUAUGCUCUUCUGAAUACUACGAGGAUUUUCUCGCAACUAAUGAUGUCAAGGAUAGAUCAGAACGAAUUCAGGAAAUUAUGAGAUUAGCUGUAAAACUUCCUGCAGCAAACUUGGAACUGACCAAGCGGUUCUUCUGUGUUCUCUAUCACAUAGCACAAAACUGCGGACAAAACAACAUGACGUCAUUCAAUUUGGGCGUCUGCGUUGCCCAAAGUAUACUCAAGCCAGCGGAGUCCGUGAAAGCGGAAACGGCCGAACAAGCAAAAAUGACUGCACCUCAGUUUGUGGAAUUCAUCAUCGAUAAUUUCCCGGAAAUUUUUGGCAAGGAUGCUGUCACCGUAUUGGGCGACGUUUCUGAGAUCAUCGUCGAUGUGCCGACUAUUUCCGAGAACGGGGAAUCGGAAGUGUUCGAUAACCCCGAGGAUCCCCGACCGAGAAGCCAAUCGCAUAGCGAUUCCAAUAUUUACCAAAGCGCACUCGCAGAGGACAAAGCGGAACAAAUAGGGAAUCUGUUGACAGUAGGGGAUAACAGUGCAAACUUAAGCAAAAGUACCCCUAAUUCACCCAAAUUACAGAGGAAACAAGAAAAGACAAUAGACGCGAACGAUAUUUCGAAAAAGAUUCACUCGGCAUUUUACCAUCCUAAGCAUUCGCCGAGGUAUAUUAGAAGGAACUCGGAUAAAUCGUCGAAAAUCGAUUCGGAAAAGGCUCGGGAUGCCGAACGACAACAAAAGGACUUCGAGCGUUCUCGAAAGAAGCCCGUUAUACUCACGACGACUACGUCGAGUGCCGAACUCAUCGAACAUGCUCCGAACGAUGAUACGAGGUUAUCAUCGAGUUGUGGGUCGCUGCACGCCGCACCUGCUGAGGUCAAGAAGACUGUUGUACCAAGACGCGAAGGAAUGAUGUUUGCAUCGAGUAAAAAUUUUUAUGCUGCGCCCGCGUAUAUUGCUGAGCGCGUGAAUACGGUGCACGACAGGCGCAGACAGCCCGCUGCACCAUCCUACCAGGAACAUAUGCAACGAACAAGGGCCCAGAAAGUUUGGAACGGCCCGAAAAUCCUAGACGUACCAAAACGUUUAGAUAUCCCUAAAGAUCUUCUUGCUGUCCAGACAACGAACUCUUCACAAAAUGGGACACAUUCCCCAGAGCCUUUGCGAGGAAGCAAAAGCGAGGGAUCUUUGACCGAGGAUAAAACUCCGGUUGGUAAUAAUGCUAUGGAGACUAAAUUCGGACUAAUGCAAAGCAAUGAAUCCGAUUCCGACUUGAGUCCCACCCAUUCUCGCAAUAAUUCCUCUCCCGUUUAUUCGUCUCAUGCGAGCUACACGACUAACCUUUCCCCACGACACUCCCCCAGGUCUAAUCAUGUGUCUCCGGCGAACAGUGAACGGUCGGCUCCGAAGAUGAGCACCGGAAGCGAGACUUCAAUCUCGUCGCUGUCGAGCGUUGACGAUAUCAUGGACACGAGCGAUUCCGAGAAACUGGACGUCACACGACUAAAGCACAUUCGGGACUUACUCGACGUAUCAGGGUAUGCGAAUCCGCUGAGAAUUAGCUCGGAAGCCGCUGACCUUAUAUCGAGGACUCAUGGCGAAUGGGGCAACGCGAUAAAUGAUGAUACAGAGAUGGACGACUACCAACGCAUGACAAUGGCCGAGGAGACAUAUGUAUAGCUCGCAGGCGCAGAUGCAAUGGCAAGUGAACUCUAUCUUAAAACAGUUCUGAAUGAAUUCUUCACAAGAGCCCAGGGCAAGCUAGGAAUCAUGGUGAAAAAAACAUUUGGGAAAGUUGCAGCUAGUUUGCCAUUUCUCCUGGGCGAGAACAUAGCUCUACUUUCAUAUCUUAAACUGCCUUAGUUUAGUUGAGUUGUGGGUUAUAUUAAUUGAUUGGCGUUGUUGUAUAGUACAAAACAAUGAUAUAUUUAUAGCUUAUUUAAAUACCAUGUAUAUAUAAGGUGCCGGAACUAUCGUAUAGUGAGAAUAAAGUAA